AUGACUAAGCCUGCGCCGAACCAGGCGCAGCAGCAGCAUGCUCAUAACUUUGCCAAUCAGCCCUUCGCAAACGGACUAUUACAAACACAACAGCCUCAGCCUCAGGCUCCUUAUGGUCCACAUAUUUCGACAAGUCACGGUGCUCCUAUGCCAGGAUCGGGGGUCUCUCACUUGAACGGAUUAACAAAUGUUCCCAUUACAACUCAACAAGAAGAAAUUUCGACAAUAUUUGUUGUUGGAUUCCCUGAUGAUAUGCAGGAACGCGAAUUUCAGAAUAUGUUUACCUUCUCUUCGGGAUUCGAGGCUGCGACUCUGAAGAUUCCCAACAAAGAUUCAACAGCAUACGGAUCGAAUGCACCCUCAUCAGCGGCUAAUGCUUCUGGUCGUGGACCAUAUCAGACUGGCUAUCCUUUCUCUGGAGCGAACGACCCGUACAAUCUAUUAGCGGCAAAUCAAAGUGGUGUUGUUAUUGACGGCCGGGACGGCACGAACGCGUCUUGGCCAUCAGUCGACCCGAAUGAUCUUGCAGGUGGUAGUAAUGCGAACAACCAACAGACGAAUAAUCCUGCCCCACCACGCAAGCAGAUCAUAGGCUUCGCGAAGUUCCGCACACGUAGCGAGGCGCUUAGUGCUCGUGAUUUGUUGCAAGGUCGACGCAUUGAUAUUGAGAAAGGCGCAGUAUUGAAGGCAGAAAUGGCCAAGAAGAACUUGCAUACGAAACGAGGAGUCGGUCCGCUUGGUCCUCCGUUGAGCGUGAAUGUUGGAGGAACUAAUAUGGGUGGUAGCUCAGGGAAC